CAAGACGACAGUAAGACGGAAUCAUUAAAAUAUUGUGUUUAACUGAUAAAAUAUUGUGUAUGUAUGGUGGAAAAUGUCUCCAUUUUAAGAUUUAAGACGAGAUUAUUAUUUUAUUUGAGAAAAUAAAAUUACAAAAUACUGCCAUCCGCCAUGUUUUUUAAAACGCCAAUCACAGAGUGUUACGUCAGCCCUUAGUAAAUACUGUCACUGUCACCGAAUUUAUUUCGAGUUUCGACUAUCUCUUGAGUUUUAUCAGUGUUUAAAUUGACUAAAAGUAUUGCUAAAAGUAGUAUCAUAAGAUCUAUAUCGGUCUUUUGCUUACUUACUUAAAUUUGCUUUACUAAUUAAGCCAUGGAACAAGGAUUUACUAAGGCAAACAGUUCUAAUUUGCCUCGAGUGGAUUUGUUAAUGUUGGGAGAGUUCCUGGCGUCAAACAAAGAUUUCUGUUCAGCAGAAUUCAGAAACGUGAAAACUGCAGCGUCUUCCAGGCCGUCGUACGGUGAUGAUGCCAUAAGUUAUGUCCAGUUAAAACGCGAUGGCAAUCUGUGCGUGGUGAAGUCAAAAAUCUGUCCAGAACACAAGGUCCAUGGAAAGUUAUAUGGAGUAACAUUAGUAGUUGACGAAGUCAAUGAGACAGUUGUUUCGGUGGAUUGCCACGACUGUGUUGCAUCACAAGGAGGCUGCAAACAUGCCGUGGCUUUUCUUAUGUGGGUGCAUCGCAGGAGUGAAGAACCAUCUGUUACAUCAGUUGAAUGCUACUGGAUGAAAUCCAAGCUAUCAAAAGUUGGGACUACCAUAAAAUACAUGACAGCAAAAGAUUUAUCUGAUGCUAAGCCUAGCUUGCCAUCAAAUAGUGUAGUAUUAGACAAGUUUAUCGAGGAAGGGAGGAAAAGGCAACUUCACAAUUGUGAAUUGAUCAAAUUUCAGGAAGAUUAUGUGCCUGAUAAAGUGAUUACAUUCUCCAUGCACAAACUAAUAUUAAAAUAUAAGGAAAAAUCCUGUGACAUAUUCUUGGAAAAGCUUGUAUUAACCGAUGCAGAUGUUAAACUUAUUGAAGAAAAAACAAGACAACAAAAUAAAAGUAGUGUUUGGUAUGAACUAAGGUAUGGUAGGAUUACUGCUUCACGAGCAUAUGAAUUCACCAGAUGUAAUACCAAUGAUGGAACCUUGAUUGCUCAGAUAAUGGGUGGAAGAAUCCCAGACACACAUGCAAUGAAACGUGGCAGAAUGUUGGAGGAUGAAGUCAGGGAAACAGUUUCAUCUAAACUCAGAAAAACAAUAAAUAAAUGUGGCCUGUUCAUCAGCAAAAAAUAUCCCAUGAUAGCUGGAUCACCAGAUGGGGUCUGUGACGAGAGUAUAAUAGAAAUUAAAUGUCCGAUAAGUACUAAGACUCUCAAAAAUUAUGUUAAUAAUGGGAAACCAACCAAAAAAUAUUAUGCACAGAUGCAGUUGCAAAUGUAUUUGUCUGGUCGUCAACAAGGCUACUUCUGUGUUGCAGAUUGCAAUUAUAACAUAAAUAAAAAUGUAAAUAUAAUUUGUGUGCAAUAUGAUGACAAAUAUGUUUCAGAAUUUGUUUUAGCCUUAGUCCAUUCAUGGAAGCAUAAUGUGUACCCACUAUUGUACCAAAGUGUUGUUUAGUUAGUCAUAAUAUGUAAAUAAAACAAACAAAGUUAA